UUCAUUUUCCAUACAUCAUAGAUCAUAAAACGGAUAUGAUUGUAGAACUAUUAUUAUCAAGAACAAACUAUGAACGACAAAAUAUCAAACAAAAAUACGACAGUGUCAUGGGAAAGUCUUUACUCAACGAAAAUGAAAAUAUAAAGUCAAAUUUAGUGUAUGUUUUAUUUCAAGAUUUAUUGACCGAUUCAUCGAACAUAUUAGCUGAAGAAUUAAACAAAGCAAUCAUUUUAACAGAUUUAAAAAGGAUAACCAGUAUAUUGAUUGAUUUCUGGGGUAAGGAAUUCAAUCAAGUAGAGAAAGUUUAUAAAUUAUCUUCCUCCGAGUCUCUAUGGUAUUCUAUUGAGAAACAGUUUGGAAAAUCAGUAGAAUCUGUUUUACGAUGCGUUCUAGAAACCAGAAAAAUUGAACCUCAACAGGAAUAUCCAAUUAAAGGUCGAGGUGGUAAGCCGAAAGUUAACGAGAGCGUUGUUUCAAAGGCGUUUAAUAAGCUUAUGGAUGUGUCCAAUUGCAAGAAAGUGAAAGCAGAGCAACUUGGUGAAAUUCUGUGUAAACUUAACCCAUUCGAAUUCGAAACAUUGGACACGUUGUUACAACAUUUAAGGCUAGGAGAAUUAAAUGUGUACACACGUACAGAUCUUCAGGAAUCUUAUGAUUCAAUCUUUGAAAUUCUGCAAACAAAAACAUUUGGUCCUAUACGUGAUGUAUUGGUCGCCAUAUAUAAUUAUUCUAUCAACAAACCAUUAUACUUUGCAACAAUAAUUCAUCAUGAACUGCAUAAAGAACUGACUGAUAUAUUAAGUAUACAACGUCUGUUGUUAUUACGAUCAGAAAUUGAUUUACAUACCAUUGACAAAGUGUAUAAAACUAAAUAUGGAAUGUAUUUAUCAGAGGAUAUCAAGCAAAUCUAUGUUGGUGAAUAUGGUGAUAGACUUUUAAAACUUUGGAAAAAAGAGAAAUACCGGACAUAUUUCAACAAGCAAUACCAAUAUUGCCCCCUCAAUUGCAAUCAAAGAUUAUUUGAAUGACACUUUACUCUAUCGUUAUUCGUUUUUAACAUUUUAACGUAUUGACUCUGGUUAUGUAAUAUGAAAAACAAUUUUUAACCUAUUUAUCCUACAUUGUGUUCUUUUGAGUUAAACUCAUAUCCAAAGUAUCAAUGUUCAUUGUGACUUAGGAAAAAUGAGCUUCCAUCGACCUCUGACUCACUAAACGUUUAUUCUACUGUUAGUCAGACAAUUUCAACCAAGCCUGAGCAGAUCACAGUUAUUGAAAAAGAUCUACGAGUCAGUUGCGAUGUAUUCAAUGAACAAAUUAUUUAUUUGGAAGUAAAUGUUGUAAACUGCUUGCUUAAACCUCUGAACAAGUCUUAUAUGAAUUAAAA